CACCGCGGGAACGGAGGAAAACAAAAUUGUAUUAAAAUUAAAAAUGGCGGUCAUUGCGAGCGAUGCUGCUUCGAUGCUUGCAGAAGCCCUUGAAAAAAUGGACGGACUUAUUUCAGACGAUAAAAUGAUGAUGGAAGGAAUAAGAAGCCAUACAGUGUCUCAUUCACCCAAUGAAAGAGUAUUAGGGCUGGCAGAGGAUUUACAAAAUGCACUUACUACCGUCWCUCCGUCGAACCGUGCAAACCUCCGAAUCCCCGUAACUACAUCAGAUUUUCUACUAGAAUGGCUGAAAUCACAAUCGUAUCCGAGCAAUAAUAACCAGAAGUCYACGAUCUUGAAUAACACCAGUGACGAAAUUAGUCGCGCUCAGAUAGAUCGUUUGGAAGACGAAAAAGAUAGUCUAAUUCUUCAGGUUAGCGUUUUAACUGACCAAGUUGAAGCCCAAGGAGAGAAAAUACGCGAAUUAGAGUUUACACUGGAGGAAUCCAAAAUUAAAGGCGAAGAAAUGGAGCAAGAAAUAGGAUCCGAAAGAACUAAAUCUUCAGCGCUUGAGCAAGAAAAACAGGAACUGAUYAUAGAAAGGGAUUUGCUAAAAUCACAGAUACAAUGUCAAUCCCUCACUGAGUUUGAAGCCAAGUUAAGUGAGAAGGAAUCAGAGAUAGAGCUUUUGAAGGAUCAUAUAGAAAAUCUGCUUGACGAACAGGAAGCUUUACAAAGAACKUUGGGUGAUGGUCAUGCAUCGUCAGGUUUGAGAUCACAAUUAAGGGAAAAAGCAUCAGAGGUCAAUAAGCUCAAGUUACAAGUUGAUACCCUAUCAGCAGUCAUUGAAGAUAAGGAUAAAAAGCUAAAAGACCUUCAGGGAGCAGUGUCAAAGUUUAAAAGGGUAGAAGACUUGGUUGUUCGUGCUCAUCAGAGGAUAGGUUCUGACGCAAGUCAAUCUGCAGAACUUUCAAUUCCUGACUCAAAUAGUGUUCACAGUUCAGAAGGGAUAAUAUCCCCUGCYYCAUUAAGRACUGCAUCAGAUUCAACACACAGUUUUACACCAACAACUCCUGCACAGCUACAUACAGAAUCAUACACAAAAGCAGUCCAUGAUCCAGUAACACCAAGCCUUGAUGCCAUCAAAAGCCCUCAUCCAGCAGGAAGACGAUCGUURGGCAAAGGAUUCUUUAAGAUCAAAGGACCAAAGAGUUCCAGCGAACCUAAUAUAUUGCAUACUGAAAGCUCAACAGAAGAAGUCAAUGGUAUACCUGUCAAUCAUCAGACCGAACCAGUUCAACAACCACAAAAUAACUUGCCUUCUCCUGAAAGAAAUAAACUCAGAAAGUCAUUUGGUAAAGGAAUAUUUGGAAAGAUACGCCGAACAAAGUCGCUAAGCGACAACCAGGCAAAUUGUGUGAAUAUGGCUCCUUUGGACAUGAGGAACUUCAAGAAAGAAGACCGACAAGAAUAUGGAGAUCAACUUGAARUACCUUUUGCUAACUGGUCAACUGAGAUGAUUAUGAAUUGGCUUGAUGAU